GAGAGAGAGAGAGAGAGAGAGAGAGAGAGAGGAGGUGCUGCUGCGCGGUGUGAGAGUUGUGAUUUGCACUUGUUCUUUGAAGACACACUGUGCAUGAACGUAUUUGGUCAGAUGAGGAAUGAUGCUAUGGACCAUUAUCUUCAUUUGAAAGGCACAGAUGAAGAGGGCUAGCAUGUCUCGUCCUGCAUGGACCUCGGUUCAGAUGCUCUGCUCACUCUGGCUCCUCCUUCUGUGCUCUUCUAUCAGGGUUCAUCCUGCUGAGUGUGAAUUAGUGUUUUCAGUGUCACCUGAAGAUGGCGCUGGGGUCUUAAACAGCUCUCUGAUGCUGAACUGCACAGUGUUUGACUCUGGCCUGAAGGCUCCUCUACCAGUGAAGUGGAAGAGAGAUGCUGGAGGUCUGGACACCAGGAUUCAUCAGCUGGCCAAUGGCUCUCUUUUCUUUCCCAACUUAAAAGAGGAAGAUUUUGGAAACUAUUCCUGCAGUGCAAAGAGAGGCAACAAACAGGUUCAGACCACUGUCAUGGUCAGCAAAGCAUACCUGGAGGAUGUGUUCUUUCACCCUCAGUCCAUGAGAACUGAAGAGGGCCGGGACGUUUUCCUUCAGUGUGUCUCAGGUGAAAGUUCUCCUCCUGCACAGAUUUCAUGGUUAAAAAAUGGCAGAGUUCUCACCAAAGGAAGCCAAAUUCAGGGGCAGUAUGGAGGAGGGAGUCAAAGGAAGACUUCUGGCACUUUGCACAUGGCUAAUAUCACCAAAGCAGACCAAGGAGUUUAUAUCUGUAUCACCCACAAUCCUCUGCUGAAUAUAAGCAAAGGAAGUCAAGCAGCAACUCUGACAGUGCAUGGUUCCAAUGUGGACGUAAAGAUUAUUGAAGGCCCCCAAAAUCUUACUGUACCUGCUGAAACGGAAGCUACACUGCACUGCUUUGUUGAAGGCUUCCCCAUUCCCACAGUGCAGUGGUUUAAGGAUGGACAUCCAUUACCCAACUCUUCUAGAUGGCAUCUGCAGAAGGACGGACAACUGCUGAUUUUUCAGAAAGUAUUGUCAGAGGAUGAGGGCCUGUAUUUCUGUGAAGCUCACAAUGAGAGGCAGAAAGUGAUAUCUGAGCCAGCAUACCUCCUUCCUGCAGUUAUGGAUUGGAUAUUUGUUCUUGAACCUGCCAACCUAACAGUGAGGAAGGGUGAAUCUGCAACUCUUUCCUGUAGGCCGCCUCACAGCAGACCCCAAGCACAAGUGUCCUGGUUUAAGAACAACAGACUCCUCCAGAGAGGACCGUAUUAUACUUUUGAUCCUACUGGAGACCUGGUCUUCCACAGUGUACAAGAGACAGACAGUGGAUUGUAUUUCUGCAGAGCAUUUAAUUCCCAUCUCAAAAGAGCUCUCUCAUCAAAAAAAAUAUUCCUGGAUGUUCUUGAACCUCCAUCCGUGACUAUCUGGCCGAUGAUGGUAACGUCUCCUGUAGGAGCUGAAGUGGCGAUUCACUGCCAGGUGUUAGGACAUCCUGCCCCUUUCAUCAAGUGGUCAAAGCAGGGCAGGUCUGUCCUAACUGGAGGCAAAAUUAUCAAGGGGUUAAGAAACACAACUCUCUACAUUUCAUCAGUGAGAACGUAUGAUGAAGGACAUUACACAUGUGCAGCCUCCAACACACUGGGUCAUGAUCAGAAAACCAUGACUCUUCGGAUUGCUGUUAAACCUGUCAUUGUUUCGUUCCUUGCAUCCCUGACUGUCUCUGAGGGAUCACCUGUUAGUCUCCCUUGUUGGGCUGUUGGAGAUUUUCCUGUCAAAUACACUUGGAUUAGAACCGCGUCGAUACAAACUUCACCGGAGCAGUCUGGUUCAAACUCUCCAGUCUCACUCCCACAACAGAUGCACACUGAAGAUAAUGGGACAUUAGUCAUUCCCAACAUCCACCGGUCCGAUGCUGGGGAGUAUCACUGCACUGCAGAAAACACAGUCGGUCAGGAUGUAAGAAGUCUUAUCAUAACUGUAACUGCUCACUCUGAUGUCCCACCUGAUAAGGAAGCACUGAGUAAUACUAUUAUGCCCACUGUUCCAGAGAUUGAACAAGAGCUAUUUACUAAUUCCUUUCUUUACGGUUCAAAGCUUCUGAGUAAUACAGAGAUAAAUGAAUCCCCUCAGCAAACAACUGGAGACUACGCAAAGAUAUCUUUGUUACAUGCUUUUGUGGAGGACUCACCAACAUACUUGAACCUUGAAUCUACCCAUGACACUACAGAGUUCAUUUCACUUAAGCCAAGUCACAUUAGCAUAGGAAGUAAUGAAAAAAUCAAACAACCCAGUCAAACACAAAAACCAACCCCUGUGCCUGUCAAACCUACACCAUUUCUCGCACUCAAAGAGACUUUUAAUCAGGAUUUGCGUGAACAUGUGCAACCAACAGAGCAGGCCACAAAACCUCCAGUAAUCAAUCCAAACACAAACAGCCCAUCGUCAGCAGACUCAUAUUCCCAUACCCAUCUUAAAAAAAAUCUGAGCUUUUCUCUGAAAAGUGCCCAGUCCUUUAGUGGACAGACUCAGACUACAGGUUUAAUGGAUGUAGAGAAUUUCAAUUCCUCGGCUCCUGUGGAGAAGCAUCAGAAUCAGAGCAUCAAGCAGGCUGGAGGUACCAAGUCAUCGGUGACGAAUGACACAGACCUUGUUGAGACGCUCAAGAAAAACACCUCACAGGCCCCUAUGAGGACCACUGACAAUAAUAACAGAGAAAAGGAGAAGUCCCAAACUUGGUUGCCUGUGAUUGAGAAGCAUGACAUUCCCAUUGUGGUAGGAGUUGGAGUUUCAUUGGCAUUCAUCUUCGUUGCCAUGGCCUUUUACUCUCUGGUUCAGAAAAAUGAUCCUGCAGCUGUACCUACAGGGAGGUCAGCUCUGAGGGGAAUAGGUGGGCCUUGCAGGCAUGGUGAACGUCUUGCAAUGGAAAGGACAUACGAUAACAAGGCAUUUGAAGAUGAUACUUUUGUGGCUGUCAUUGAGCAAAGCCCCAACACAUCGGAGACAAGAGCGCUCCCAAUAGAACGCAGACCUUCCAAACUGAUGAUGGAACCACCAUCCGAUGACUUGCAAGAGGGUGUCCAGUCCAACCAGGACAUGCCAGUUAUUGUGGAGACCCACCCAGAGCCUAGAGAAGAAGACCAGUUGGAGACUAUAUUUGAGGAGGGAAAGGUAACUCCCUCCCCACAUUCCGACAUUCAGCUUCAGUGCAUGGAGGACUGGAGGAGUCAGGACGCCCCCUCACCUCCACCAGCCAAUCCAGCGCCUGCUCAGGAGGAGGGCCUGCGCUCUUCCCUUACCCUCCAGACCAGCGAUCCCUCCUCAACUCCCGUGCGUCACAGCAUCAAUAUCUCCCACGGUUUCUCUCCCCUCCUGCUGUCCCAUUGCGUGUCUCUGGGCAUGACCUCUGUGGCUGUGGAUGUGCACUUCUACCCCUCGGCCCCCCCAGCAGCUGGCCAUCCUCCAUGCCCCGCCUUUGGACCAGCAGGCCAACAGGUGAACACCAGGCUGGAGCAUGAACUGAAUGCACCCUCUGCUAGCCACAGUAAAUAACAAGAGUGUGUGACAAAUGUUAAAGUCACGAGAAAGCUCUUUUUAGAAUUGCUCACCUCAUAGAGCAGCUGGCAUUUAGGUUAAAGAUGGUGCUGAUGUUUGUUUGAUGUUUGACUUUUUUAAACGGUUGUCAAAUUUCCCAUGACGCUGGUUUAAUGGCAGCACGAGCUCAUAUGAGCAUUAGAAUGGCUCCGUCUGAAUUUCUGUACUUUCACUGUAUAUAAUGAAUUUGAUCAAAAAGGCCAUUGUACAGGAAAAUAAUUUUCUCUUAAAUUUGUGGUAAACCCCCCCCCCCCAAAACUGUAAACAUUAAUCUUAAAAAUACAGUGAUCAAUGUUUCUGGUAAUGUGAUGGCAAAUAAUGCAUAAAUUAUUAAUAAAAAUAUUAACAAGCUUUAUUAAUAAAAAAAGAAGGAACAACCAUUAAUAAAAUAUCAUCAUAUUUGAUAUGACACAUUAACUUUCAAGAAUGUCCUUUUACUGUCUUCAACCAUAAAUUAUAUGGCAGCUCAUAUUUCCAAAAAACUGUAACGUUCACAUUAUUUGACAGUAAAAUUAUAUAUAAUGCAAUGUUAAAGCUUACAGUUAAACCACUAACAGGUUUUUACCAAAGCACUUUUAUGAAUAUUUUUGUAGUGUGGCAUUUGGAAAGUGCUAUAUAAUAAUAAUAAAAAGUAAUUUCUUUUCAGUUUUUCUGACAAAAUGUGAUCAUCUCAAUAUUUAUGAGCCUUCAAAUGUUUAAUAUUAUUAUUUUCAAAUCAGAGGAAAUAUAGUAACAGCAAUACAUAUUUACCUAUAUAUAUUUUUACUAAGACAUUUUAAUAUGCUAAAAAUCAUGCAUUCAUUUGCAUGUACUAAUAAUAGCCACGAAAACAUAAAGAAACCCAGCCUUUUGUGUACUUUGUACUCCACAUACAAUUUUUUUAUACUGCAAAGAAGGCAAGUAUUCUGAUGCAGGGAACGAUUGCAGGUAACAUUUAUUUUCUUUAAUGCCAAGGACUUUAUAAUACUGUAUUUAAGAGGAAUUAAAUGUAUACAUGUAUUUAUGAAAUUUAAAUAGUAUUUAGUAUUUUUUUAAACAGUUGAAAUUACUUCUACAUACCUAGACACAGCAUUAUGUAAAAUAUUUUUUGAAAAGGUCUCUACAGUUAUGGAGAGAAAAUGCAAAGUUUUAAAAGAACUUAAGUUGUUAAAAGGUUUUACUUGUGCAACAACUCGACUGUUACUUCUGCUUGUGCCAAAGGUUAACCCACCUUACCAGCUAUUUUUGUGACUUGUGUUGUUAAACAUUUAAUCUUAAAAUAUUGGGAGUAUUGUACUUCAUGGGCAACCAACUGUUGUAUGUUGCAUGUAAAAGUUAUCAAUUAAUACAAUUAAUAAAAGUCUCUUGUUGA